CAGAGCAAAGAUAAUGGAAGUGUGACUGGAUAGGAAACUAAGCUGGAGAACAAUAGGUUCUUAUCAAAAUGAUGCGCGCGGUCUAAAAUUUCAACUUGAGGGCUAUGGUCAUUUCCGGUUGCGCUUUUUAGUGGCAAGAUCUCUCGACGUUGAACUUCAAAAAGAUGGAAUUUGAAUAUUUUUCAGACGACAUCAACUUAGAAGACUUAGAGGUAGCGGCAGAGGAAGUAACUGUGGCAUUUUGCAGUGACAAAAACACGCAAUUGAUUAUUGGAAAAAGUCAAAUGAAAAAGAAAAGAAAAAGACAGACAGAGCCCAAACCAAACGCAGGUCAUCUUCAAAAUAUCAACAUCAGUUCAGUUUAUAAAGAGGCAUUGAAGGCUAUGUCUGAAAAAGAGAUGCUUCAACAACUAUAUAGUGCCACAAUCAAACGCCUUCUUGAUGCACCUUCUCCAAAUUUAGACUUUCUUAGCAAACGCCUUGAGGAUACAGUAGCAGGAAAGGCAGUUUCCCUUGACAAAAUGUGGCAAAAGUUCCAUCAAAUAUGGACAGACAAUGAAAUUGUUACUCAACUACAAGAUUGUCUUGAAAUUGAACAAGGAUUCUCCUCCUGGCUUAUUUUUGAAUGUCAAGAAGUAAUUGCAAAGAAAAACUAUGCAAUAACAGAAGACAAGGAGGUAGAGAAACAAAUUUUAUCCAGCAAUGAAAAAGAAGUAGUAACAUAUAUUUGUGGUGCAAUCCUUAAUAAGCUCACAAAAAAAACCUAUGACAACAUGCGUAAAGUUGAGGAAAAUAAAACUUCAUAUGUUUUGUUAAAAGAACGAUUGGAAGUCUUAAAUGCUUGUAAGGGAGAAGAGGGGAAGCAAGAAGGCUCAACCAGACUUAUAAGCACUCUAACUAGGGGAGGUUUGACAUACCCCAAGGAAUCUUUUGCAAAAAUACUAGAAAAAACAGAGCUUGUUUUCCGAGACCACAUCUCCACCCAGAAAACAAGGAUAAAUGUGCAAGAGAUUCUGGGCAACUGUCUACUAGAAGAUGCAAUUUUGAGUAAUUUGAGUAGAGUAUGCCAAAAUUGUUUGGCCUCAGAACCUGUAAAAGAGGCAACACUGAAAGACUGCAUCCUAAUGUACAUAAAAAUCAGGGCUCAUUCACAUGCCAAACAUAUGAUUGAAGAGCACAGGAUGACCAAAAAGAUUGAAAAGAAAGAAAAGGCAUUAAGAAAAAAACUUAAAAUCACAAAUGAACAAAAGAAGCAGUGAUUGUUAUUGUGAUAUGAUUCAUAAAACAGCAUUAUACUAAACAAAACAUUAACCAUUUUCAUUGCAAAAAACAUAAUACAUAUACAUAAAUUGGUUAUUAUGAAGUUUUAUUAUAAAUUGGUUUAUUAUCAAGUUUCUGAAAAGCUGUUACACUAUGUAUAAUUAACUAUGCAAUGUUGUACUUCAUAUAUAUUGAAAAAAAUUUCCAACAAACAAAAUAGCUCUUUUUCUUAAAGGCAACUUUAACUCUUUCAGUUUGUUUGAAAAAUCUCUGCCAAAGUGAUGCGGGGGAAGGCUGGGGAAGGGUAAAAAUAAAAAUAAUUUUCUUUCCUUUAGCAUCUUUUGGACAUGAUUCCAAACAAGUUUUUGUUUUGUAAUGGCCAAAUAUGCAUGGCUAUUAAUGUACAGGGGCACAAGUAUGUUAAAAUUGAAAUCAAUACAAGACAAGAUCCUGUGCUUUGAAAAUAAAUCAUUCAUCUUAAUUGGAAAAUGGUUUCUUGAUUUAUGAAAUGACAGGUGUAUGCUGCUGACAGUUUGCAAUAAGGGGUCAAAAGGUAGAUAUGGUCUCAUAAAACCAGCCAUCCCCUUAUGUAUACCUAAAAAAUCUCAGAACAAAUGAAGAUUUCAGGUCACAACCCAAAUUUCCUGAUGCCAAAAUUAUGCAGUGAAAAAGGAUUGA